CUGGCAGUAUUUACCAUUAAUGUUGUGUCAGCACAACUCAUUAAAAUAAUCUUUGUAAUUCAGAAAGUUUAACUGAAUCAAUAAAUCUGAGUUUGUAUCCUGCAACAAAACAUUUUACUUCAGGACCCUGAGCUGCUUUUUACAGUGCAGAUUAUAUUCAGUCAUAAAUAAAGAAAUUAACUACAUUUAAACAUUUAAAUAAAAUCAAAACAUUAAAAUAAGACAAGAGAUGCCGUUAAGAAUAAACAGUUUAUAAGAGACUUGUUGCAGCUGAAGAUGAGUCGAGGAAAGUCACGACUCUGAAGUCAGUUUUUUCCAGCGAGAUCUUCAGCUGACUUGACAGCGCCCCCUCAUGGUAAUGCUGAUAAUGUUAACACUGAGGUGGCAGCACAGUCGCUACAAGAAAAUGUUAUUAACCUUUUUAGGGCUCUGGCUUGUUCACAGUCAUCGUUAGGAAAGGCCAGGUGAUACAAAUUUCAAAGCUUUAUAAAUACUCUGACUCCUGAAACCUUGUCCCAACAAUCAGCAGCCAUGGGCUCCUCUAAACAGCUGCUUAUCACUCUGAAAACCAAAAGUACUGAUGCCCACAAAGCAGGAGAAGACAAUAAGAAGACGGCAAAGUGUUUUCAGGGAGCUGUUCCCUCAGUUCGUAAUGUCAUUCAGAAAUGUCAGUUAACAGGAACUGUGGAGGUCAAGAAAACUUUCAGAGAGAGCUGCUCAUAGGAUUGUUAGAAAGGCAAAUCAAAACUCCCGUUUGACUGCAAAAGACCUGCAGGAGGAUUCAUCAGACUCUGGAGUGGUGGUGCACUGUUCUACUGUGCAGCCACACCUGUACAAAUAUGACCUUCAUCAGAAGAAAACCUUUCCUGUGUCCUCACCACAAAAUUCGACAUCAGAAGUUUGCAAAGGAACAUCGAAAGAAGCCUGAUGCUUUUUGGAAACAAGUCCUGUGGACUGAUGAAGUUAAAAUAGAACUUUAGGACGCAAUGAGCAAAGGUAUGUUUGGAGAAAAAACUGUUAAACACAGGGGAGGAUGGAUGAUGCUUUGGGCUCGUGUUGCAGCCAGUGGCACGGGGAACAUUUCACAGGUAGAGGGAGGAAUGGAUUCAUUCUGGAAGCAAACAUCACAGCAUCUGUAAAAAAGCUGAAGAUGAAGAGAGGAUGGCUUCUACAACAGGACAAUGAUCCUAAACACACCUCCAAAUCCACAAUGGACGACUUCAAGAGGAGCAAGCUGAAGGUUUGGCCAUGGCCCUCACAGUCCCCCGACCUAAACAUCAUUAAACAUCUGUGGAUAGAGCUCAGAGAGCAGAGCAUGAAGACGGCCCAAGAGUGUCACAGAGCUAGAAGCCUUUUGCAGGAACGGGUGAAAAUCCUCCAAACAAGAACUUUUUUGUUAUUUUGAAACCGUAAAAGAUUUAAAUUAAAACUUAAUCUUGGUUAAAAUGUUGAAGAAAAGUUUUUUUUUCACUCUAAAAUCGUACAAACAAAGUAAAACACUAAUCUUGCUUGAAAUGUUUAAAAUCAUGUUCCAUCUUUAACUUCUUGCCUUUUGGAGAUCAGGUCAUCUUCUACUUACUUAACCACUCACAGUGAACUACAUUUUGACCAGAGGUGCCCAGACUUUUAUAUGCCACUAUAGGUAGUGUGUUCCAUAUAGGAUGGUACAAAUGUAAUGUAGAAGGGAGGAGAGAAGAGUUGAGUGUGUGAUGUGUUUGGAGGAGGGGCUCCAUCAUUUAGAGAAGUGACAAGUUCCUGGUUUGCCAGUGAAGAAGAAAGAGAAGAAAGAGAGGCAGCGUUAAACCAUCAGAGCCUCAAACAUGAACGUCUGUCAGACUUGGAUCUGCUUCUUCUUCCUCUCACUGUGGGACACUGAUCUCAUCAAUGCACAAAACUCCAUCCUUACAGGAACUGAAGGAGGAAACAUCACAGGUGGAUGUCGCUUCACUUUGUCUGGAACUACAAAGUUCUUCUGUAAAAACGACUGUGAAGAUGGAGACAUUCUUAUUCAAACAGAGAAUGACACAGCUCAGAGCGGCCGAUACAGCAUUGAAUAUAAAGGAGGAGCUUUCUAUGAAUCUGCACUUCUGUAUGUGAGCAUCAGAAAUCUGACUAAGUCUGACUCAGGACGAUACAGAUGUCGUUUGGGUGAUUCUUGGUCUUCAGAUGUCCAGUUUGAGAUCAGAGUUAAAGAUGCUCCAACCUCUUCAGACCUAAACUGGAUUCUUCCACCUGUUACAGCAUUUGUACCAUCGACCUCCACACUGACGACAUCACAGAGUUUAAGCUCCACAUCUUCAUCAGCCUCCUCUGAAGGCACCAAGCAGCCUCAACAGCAACACACAACACCAGCUGCAGGUGUGGUGCUGUACGUGCGUCUGACUCUGGUCGUCAUGUUCAUCGUAUUAUCCACAGCUGUGGUGAUAUUCUACUGGAAGAGGGCCAGAGAACUCAAAGAAGCUCCUGUGGAACCUGAGUACGUUAACGUCACAGAGACCAACAGAGUGUGUGAGGAGAUCAGAGAGGAGGACAGACAGAGCAGAUCUCCUCCUGUAGAAAUGUCCACAGUUUACUCUUUCCACUGCAGCCAGUUCUCAGAACAAGACUGAAGACGACUCCAGUAAACUCACCUACUCUGAGGUGGAUUUUUCUGAAGGUGCCUCGCUCCACAGCGCCCCCUGUGGUGACGCAUAUGAGGCUACUCUUUAGUUUCGAGAAUGCCCCUUUAUACCCACUGAUGACAUUUUAAUGUUACUAAUUAACCUGUUUAAAUAUGGAAUGUUUCAAACAGAUGUUUUUUGAGCAUUGCACAACUUUCCCAGUCUUUUGUUGCCCCUGUCCUAACUUUAUUUUUGGAAUGUGUUGCGGCCAUCAAAAUCAGAUAUUUUUUAAAAAAGUUUAUCAUUUUGAACAUUAAUUAUUUUGUCUCUGUACUGUUUUCAAUUGACUAUAGGUAAAAAAAAAAAAAGUUUUGCAAGUCAUUGCAUUCUGUUUUUAGUUAUGUUUGACACAGUGUCUUAACUUUUUUGGAAUCAGGGUGGUAAAACAGUAUGCGAAAAAAACACUUACAAAAUGUCAAACAUGCCCUGAAAAGUCAUAUAACAGUAUGUAAUGAAAAAUAGUAUUUAAAAUAUAUGACAUGUGGUAUAGCAUGAAAAAUGUGAUAGUAAAGUAAGGCAAGUAAAAAAAAAUCAUAAGUGUCAUAGUGUAAUCUGUCAUAAAAAUCCAUAAAAAAAUAAAAUAAUAAAAAUGAAAAACAGAGUGUAAUAAUACAAGGUAUAAUAAUCAUUCUAUAAUAAAAUAAUAAUAAUAAUAAUAAUAAUAAUAAUAACUUAGAUUAAUAAAGCAUCUUUCAAGGUACUCAAGGCUGCUUUGCAAAGGAAACAAAAAUAAAUAAAUGAAUAAUAACAAUUAUACACAAACCCACAGCAUGUUGAACAUGUCAUAAAAAACAGUAAUAGUAUGACAAAAAAAUACAGUAUGUCAUAAAAAUGUCAUAGUCGAGUAUCCUGGUACAACCAUCCUCAUGAUGUGAGCUCAACAUUCUGUGUCGCCCUCUGUAUCAGUCUGGACUCAAUGCAGCCUCAAAUACUUUACAGAAAAUACCAUCCCAUUGGUAGCCAGUCCAAAAAAUGUACUAUUGUAUGUGGUAAAAACGUCGUUGUAUCAUAUGGUAUAACAAUUCAUAGAGUAUAGAAAAUGGUCAUAGUUAAAAAUAUGCCAUGAAAAAUAUCAUCGUAACAUAUGCCACAAAAAAUGUCAUAGUAGCGUAUGUUAAAAAAAUCAUUAUAUUACAUAGCAUAACAAUAAGAAAGUAUAACAUGCCAUGCAAAAUGUCAGGAUUUAGAAUGUAAUAAAAUUGUCUUAGUGUGGUAUGUUAUAAAAAUGUUAUCUUACAGUGUGUAAUAAAAAAUGUCAUACUAUAAAAUAGUAAAACUAUUCAUAAAAAUGCCAUAGUAUAAUUUGCCUUGUCACAGCCCGGCUCAAAGACUAUGACAAGGACGGGAGACAAACAAGCUGGCUGACAAUAAUGGUCAUACAUUUACAAAACAUAAGUUUAACAACAUGUGUGCAGUCAGUAAUCAGUAAUGAAGUGCAUGUGUGGGUGCCUGGCAGCAUGUGUGGAAAAUAAAGAAGGAAACCCAGAGCUGUCGACAGGCCGAGAGAUGGCGAGACUGACCAAAGAGCGAGGAGUUUAUGCUGGAGAACACACUGGGCCCAGGUGUGGAUCAAUCAGCCAUAGAUCCUCCUCUCAGCUCCUGCAACACAACAAAGGAGAACCACAAAGAGUAUGGGAGGAGGGUCGUCACAGCCUUCAACAAUGUCUUUGUGCAGUAUGUAAUAAAAAAAAAAACUGUCAUAGUAUAGUGUGUCAUAUAAAUGUCAGUGUAGUAUGUAAUACAAAAAAAGUCAUAGUUUAGUACGUCACAAAGAUGUAUUUGU